AUGGCCGUCGACAAAACGUGUUUAAGGAGAAUAAUAAGCCAAAUCGAAAGUGGAGUUAUCAAGUGCAACUGCCACCAAGCAUGCAGCGAAGAUCUAUACAAAACUUCCUUAACAGCAGGAGCAAUUAAUACGAAAUUCUUCAGUUUUAUCAAGUCUAUCAAAACGUUAGAAAAAGUGAACAAUGAGACAUACACAGCUUCUUUUCCAAGAGACAGUAGGACUAUUCUGGGGUUGAAAGUAUAUUACAGAACUCUGUUGCUAAGAACAGUUUUAGAAAGACCAGCAUACAGCUGGGAGACUUUGGUGGCUAACAUUGGUGGCAACUUAGGAUUCUUCAUGGGACUUACACUCAUCACAUUCUUUGAAAUUUUUGAAUUCUUUUGUGACAUUAUUUUAGCUUUCAUUAAAUAUAGAUAG